AAGCAGUUCCUUGCAGGGACCCUGGUCGGCUAGGCGCAAUUAGAUUGUAACAGGUUUAGGUGAUUUUUAUUUUGACAUUAGAAUGAAGUCAUAAUACAACAACAUGCUCAUUUUGAUAUUUGGGAUUGUAAAAGGUAAAUAAAUGCACUGGGCUGUGUGUUUGUUUAUUGUUUAUCUGUAGGCGAGUCAUUUUACUGCACUCCUAAAAGUGAAAGUAAAACUUGACGGAGGAGGACAUGAGACUGUAGCAGGAGAGGAUCAGAAGCAUUUCUAGGAUUCAAGCUAAUCUCCUGGCUCAUGAUGGCAGACCCAGCUUCAGGCUCCUUGUGGCCAUAUGGAGCUCUUCUUUUCCUGGACCUGCUCCUCUGGCUCACUCUGUGGACCUCACUUCUGUGCUCUCAAGGUGUUUUCCUCAUGAACCUGACAUGGCUGUGGGUUUUCAGGGCUUUCAGUUGGGUUCUGCUUCACACGGUCAGUUCAGCAACCCUGAACAAGACCACACACAAUCUUCUGAAGCCUUGGGUAGCGUUAGUGUGUUUUAUACCUCCUGUAUAUGAUAUGGUGCAAACGCUACUUCUGAGAAGGGGGUGUGGGUUUAGUCCAGUGCCUGUGCCCCUUAUGGUGGUUUUAAGUGCAGUGACUGGCACUCUGAUCCAUCUGAUGUGGGACAAGGCAUUCCCUAUUAAAAAGGUGAAGAAAGAGCAAGAGGCCAAGGUCCUCCUGAUGAGAGUGAUUCGCUACUCGAAACCAGACUACCUUCAUCUGGCAGCUGCCUUUUUCUUCCUCAUCUUAGCUGCAUUAUUUGAGUCAAGUAUCCCAUACUAUAUGGGGAAAAUCAUGGAUGGUUUGAGUGGAGAGUACAAGCAUGAGAGCUUCUUGUGGGCCAUUGUAUGCUUGUCGUUGUACUCUUUUGGAAGCUCUAUGUUUACUGGCUUGAGAGGAGGCAUGUUUAUGUGUAGCCUGAGCAGACUAAACAAGAGAAUUCGACACAUGCUAUUUCAGAACCUGCUGAAACAGGACAUAAUCUUCUUUGAAGAAAAUAAACCAGGAAGCUUGACAUCGCGGCUGGUCUCAGACACUGAUAAAAUGGGUCGCUCUGUAGCCAUGAAUGCGAAUGUGUUCCUGAGGAGUCUGGUUAAAACGUGUGGCAUGCUCGUGCAGAUGCUCAGCCUGUCCUGGCAGCUCACACUCCUUACCUUUGUGGAGAUGCCUCUCCUCGCUGUGCUACAAAACUAUUACAAUAUUCACUACCAGAAAACAUCAAGGGAGCUGCAGAACUGCAUGGCUGAAAUCGAGCAGCUGGCAUCUUCUGUUAUCAGGUCUGUGAAGACGGUACGCAGCUUCAGGGCUGAGGCUCAGGAGCUGAAGAAAUACAAGGAUGCUUUGGAUAAGAAACGUCAGAUACUGAAACGCAAGGGCAUUUUCAGUGCAAUCCACCUCCUUCUGCGCAGAUGUUUAACCUUAGGCCUGAGGGUGUCGAUGCUGCUUCUUAGUCACCAUCUCAUCUCCUCGGGUCAGUUAAGCACCGGGAGUCUUCUGGCUUUUGUGCUGUAUCAAAAAGACAUGUCGUUAAACAUGAGGCAAUUGGUGCAUGUUUAUGGAGACAUCCUGAACACGGUAUGGUCAGCAGAGAAGGUGUUUACGCUGCUAGACAGAAAACCGAACAUGCAAGAAGCAGGAGAUUGGGUACCCGAGAAUCUGGAAGGAAGAAUUACUUUUGAUAAUAUCACCCUGUCCUACCCUUCCCGUCCUGAAAGCAAAGCACUUAAGUCUGUGAGCAUAGAGCUGAGUCCUGGGAAGAUGACAGCAUUGGUUGGCCCCUCCGGUGGAGGUAAAUCUUCCUGUGUCAGUCUUCUCCAGAGAUUUUAUGAGCCUCAGCAGGGCAAAGUGCUACUGGACAACACACCACUUCAUGAGUACCAACACCAGUACCUGUGCCGCCAGAUGGCAGCCGUGUCCCAAAACCCAGUGCUGUUCUCUGGGUCUGUAAAAUACAACAUUGCGUAUGGCCUUCGUGAUUGUGACAUAGAGCAGGUGAAGGAAGCUGCGAAGAAAGCCAACGCACAUGACUUUAUAUGCAGAUUGGACGAAGGCUAUGACACAGAUGUUGGAGAGUCUGGUAAAAGGCUAUCCUCAGGACAGAAGCAGUGUAUUGCUAUAGCCAGAGUGUUGAUCAGAAAUCCAAAAAUCCUCAUUUUGGAUGAAGCUACGAGCAAGUUGGACAUCAACACUCAGCAUGCGGUUCAGGAAGUCCUCUCUGGCUUAAAAGGUCAGACGCUGCUGGUGGUCGCUCAUCGUCUGCAGACUAUCGAGAGAGCUGACCAUAUCAUCUACAUGGAAGGUGGGAUGGUCAUGGAGCAAGGAACACACGAGCAGCUCAUGGCCAAAAGAGGAAGUUAUUUCCAUCUUAGGGAAAAACUGUUUACAGAGGAUUCAGACCAAGGCUGAACAGAUUCAUUAGCAUCAAGUAUGAAUUUGAAGUAUCAACUAUAUGUGGAAGUACUGAGAUCAUUGAUGAGACUAAAUCAUGAUUUUAACAUAGUAGUAUAAUAUAACAUACAUACAGAGACAUUUACACUUUAUUCAGUGUUGGAUAAAUCCCUAAACCCAGCUUUCUAGGACAAUUGGUUUACACAAUAUAACACAGAUUUUGUUCCUGGGUCGUAAAGUGUUAUUUUCUAAUUUCUUAUGAAUCAGGAGUAUAGAAAAUAGAUUAAAAAAAUUCCCCUCAAACUUCA